AUGACCAUAGAAGACGAGAUACGAAACCACAAGAGCUUUACGCCUUCCCGACUACGGUCGCUAUACAAUGACUUUUCCAAACUCAAACUAUUGAAUCCAGAGGGCUAUGAUGCUAAUAUAUACGCAUGGAGCUCGCUCCUUCAAACCUUGGCUAAGAAGAAUUAUUUUGGUUUAUUUUCCUUUCCUGUCAAUGAGCCCAGUUUGGAGGACUUUCUCUCCCUAGCAGAAUUUGGAAAGCCUCGAUCUCUUGGCGAUGUCCUCCAGGCAAUGCUAGACGCUGAAACAAUCGUGCCAGCUUCACAAUUCGUAUCACAUCAGACAAGAUUUAGUCUCAAGAAAGACGCUAGCUCUUCAUUUUCUCCACGAGUACUUCUCUCUAGGAUCAUGAGCCUGGCGGGCUUUGGUCAGUUUAAAUCUGUGGACUCCAAGUGUAAACUAGUGAACGAGAGAUACAUUAUAUGGAACCAGCUUGUUGAGGUGGGAAGCAAUAUACUUAAGCACCUCCAGGAAAAAAUGACUAAAGGUGUUUAUUCUGACUGUAUUUACACUGGUCAUUUACUACGACAGCACAUACUGGAGUUCUUGGGAAAGGAUAUUAAUACCGCUGAAUUUGAGAUACUUUUGGUAUAUUGGUCCAGAGACCAGAGAGUGUGUCUUCUUCAAAGGGCUGCCGAUGUGCUGGCUGGCGACGUUGAUGAGGCUAUAGUCAAGUUCAAGCUUGAGCAAAUCACAAGCGAAGAUAUUGCUAUCGCCAAUCUCAGAGAUAAUGCAUUCAAAGUUGCCAAGAGAGAAAUAUACUUGCAUGAGAAAAUUGAAUCUACGAGGAAUUCAAUCAAAGCUUUACUUCAGCAACAAUUGAAGACGAAUGAGGAUACCACACGACAGAGAAUCAAGUCUUUAUUGUCCACUAAAAGGUUGCUCACCAAAUCUUUUACAAAUGCUUCAGAACUCUCUAUUCAAUUAUCUACCAUUCUCAACAAGAUCGACGACAGCAGCAACAACAUUGCAACAUACCAAUUGUUGUCGCAAAGUUCCAAGGCAUUAACAUCCAUGCAAUCCAAGAUCGAUAUAGAUCAAGUCCUUAAUCUCAAAGAAGAUAUUCAAGAGCAAAUUCAAACUACUGAUGAGAUUACAGAUGCUUUAAGCGCACCGCAAAACGCAAGCGAUGACGAAAUUGAACAAGAGUUGCAAGAGAUGGAACGAGAAGCUCAACAGAAAGAAGCGAAGGAGAGCAAUGCUCAGAAUCCUGCUGAACCAGCUAAAACUGCUACAGAGCCACUUCCAAAAGAGAACGAUGUAACCAGCAAGAUGGAACAUUUGCAACUUUCUGACAACGAAGAACCCCAGCAAAAAGAGGAACCUUUGCUUGCGUGA